CAGGACCAGGACCAGGACGAGCCCCCACCUCCUCAGGACCUCAGCAGGGCCGCUGAAGACAGAGGAGCCCCCACGGACCAGGGGGACCCCCAAAUCCUCAAAUCGCCCAGCGACCCAAAGAAGUACAGAUUUAUCGAGCUGAGCAACGGCCUGCGAGCUCUCCUCAUCUCUGACUUCAGCGGCGCCGACAGGCCAGGAGGAGGAGAGACCUCAGAGGAGGAAGAGGGGGGGGGGCCAGAUGGGCCCGGUGAGGAAGACCCAGAGGAGGAAGAGGAGGAGGGUGAACGAGAUGGGCCCUGUGAGGAAGACCCAGAGGAGGACGAGGAGGAGGAUAAUAGUGAGGAUGAAGAGGAUGAUGACUCAGAGGAGCUGGAUGACGAGAUUACCUCCAAGAAGAACAGGAGCUCUGAGAAGCAGGUGACCUGCCAGGUGAGCCAGCUGACCGGUGUGUGUCUGCAGGCCGCGGCCGCCCUCUGCAUUGGCGUGGGCAGCUUCAGUGACCCGGACGAGCUCCCGGGUCUGGCCCACUUCCUGGAACACAUGCGUACACGCCACCCUGCGUUGGCCUCUGGAGCUGCUGAGGGUCAGCUCCUGAAGGCCCUCUGCCCUCCCUCAGUGGUGUUCAUGGGCAGUGAGAAGUACCCGGCGGAGAACGGCUUCGACGCCUUCCUGAAGAAGCACGGCGGCAGCGACAACGCCUCCACCGACUGUGAGAGAACCAUCUUCCAGUUCGACGUGCAGAGGAGGUUCUUCAGAGAGGCUCUGGACCGGUGGGCUCAGUUCUUCAUCUGCCCUCUGAUGAUCAAGGACGCCAUCGACAGAGAGGUGGAGGCGGUGGACAGCGAGUACCAGCUGGCCCGGCCCUCAGACUCCCACCGGAAGGAGAUGCUGUUCGGCAGUUUGGCAAAGCCAGGACACCCGAUGAGCAAGUUCUGCUGGGGAAAUGCUCAGACGCUGAAGCACGGGCCCAAAGAGCAGCAGGUGGACACCUACGAGAGGCUGCGCGGCUUCUGGAGGAGGUUCUACUCCGCCCACUACAUGACGCUGGCCGUGCAGUCCAGAGAGACUCUGGAUACUCUGGAGGAGUGGGUCAAGGAGAUCUUCAUCAACAUACCCAACAACGGGGAACCUCGUCCCGACUUCUCUGACCUGCAGGAGCCGUUUGACACGCCAGGCUUCAACAAGCUCUACAGGGUGGUUCCUGUGAGGAAGGUUCAUGCUCUGACCAUCAGCUGGGCCGUCCCCCCCCAGGGCAGACACUACAGGGUGAAGCCUCUGCACUACCUCUCCUGGCUGAUCGGACACGAGGGGGCCGGCAGCAUCCUGGCCCUGCUCAGGAGGAGGUGCUGGGCUCUGGCUCUGUUCGGAGGGAACAGCGAGACGGGCUUCGACCAGAACUCCACCUACUCCAUCUUCUCCAUCUCCAUCACCCUCACUGACCAGGGCUACCAGAACUUCUACCAGGUCGCCCACUUUGUCUUCCAGUACCUGAAGAUGCUGCAAAGCCUGGGCCCCCAGCAGAGGUCAGGCUCUGCCCCAACACACACACACCCCCAUGAGAACCACCUGAGCCCAGGUCUGCCCAGCCGGGCCGGACCUCCUCAGUCCUCCACCUGUAGUGUCAGCCUGGUUCUGCUCUGGUUGUGGAUCUACGAAGAAAUCCAGAAGAUUGACGCCAAUGACUUCCACUAUCAGGAGCAGACGGAUCCCAUCGAGUUUGUGGAGAACAUCUGUGAGAACAUGCAGUUGUUUCCCAAAGAGGACUUCCUGACUGGAGACCAGCUCAUGUUUGAGUACGACCCCGAGACCCAGACAAAGUCUGACCCUGACUCAGACCCAGACCCACAGACUCAGUCCGUGACCCAGACCCAGUCCCUGACCCAGACCCAGUCCCUGACCCAGACCCAGUCUGUGACCCAGACCAAUUCCCAGACUCAGACCCAGUCCCAAACUCAGACCCAGUCUGUAACCCAGACCAAGUCUUUGACCCAGAUGCAGACCCAGUCUGUGACUCUGACCCAGGCCAAGUCUGACCCUCACUGUGUGUGGUGUGGUCAGGUGAUCGGGGCGGUGCUGUCCCUGCUGACCCCUGAGCGGGCCAACCUGCUGCUGCUGUCUCCAGAGAACGAAGGCCGCUGUCCACUCAGAGAGAAGUGGUUCGGAAGCAGCUACAGCUGCGAGGACAUCCCCGAGGAGUGGACCCAGCGCUGGAGCGGAGACUUCCAGCUCAACCCGGACCUCCAGCUUCCAGCUGAGAACCGAUUCAUCGCAACGGAUUUCACCCUGAAAACAGCGGACUGCCCGGACACCGAGUUUCCCGUCAGGAUUGUGACCAGUGAGCGAGGCAGUCUGUGGUACAAGAAGGACAACAAGUUCAAGAUCCCCAAAGCCUACAUCCGCUUCAACCUGAUUUCCCCACUGAUCCAGGAGAGUCCUGAAAAUCUGGUUCUGUUUGACAUCUUUGUCAACAUCCUGGCUCACAACCUGGCAGAACCGGCCUACGAGGCCGACGUGGCCCUGCUGGACUACAAACUGGUGGCUGGAGAGCACGGACUGAUGAUCCGCCUGAAAGGCUUCAACCACAAGCUGCCGCUGCUGCUGAAGCUGAUCCUGGACCAGCUGGCAGACUUCAGCACAGAGCUGGGCGUCUUCAACAUGUUCGCCGAGCAGCUCAAGAAGGCCUACUUCAACAUCCUCAUCAAGCCUGACCGGCUGGGCAAAGACGUGCGCCUGCUGAUCCUGGAGCACAGCCGCUGGUCGGUCAUCCAGAAGCAGCGGGCGCUGGCCGGGGGCCUGACCGUGGACCAGCUCAUGGAGUUCGUCACGGAGCUGAAGGCCGAGCUCUACGCUGAGGGGCUGGUUCAGGGCAACUUCACCAGCGCGGAGUCCAAAGAGUUCCUGCAGUGCCUCACAGAGAAGCUGCAGUUCCAGCCUCCCCCUGCAGAGGUCCCCGUGCUUUUCCGGGUGGUGGAGCUGCCCCAGAAGCACCAUCUGUGUAAAGUCAAGUCUCUGAACAAAGGAGACGCCAACUCUGAGGUCACGGUCUACUUCCAGUCGGGGCUGAGGGGGCUCAGGGAGCACGCUCUGAUGGAGCUGAUGGUGAUGCACAUGGAGGAGCCCUGCUUUGACUUCCUGAGGACGAAGGAGAUGCUGGGGUACCAGGUGUACCCGGCCUGCCGGAACACCUCGGGGGUGCUGGGGUUCUCCAUCACCGUGGAAACGCAGGCCUCCAAGUUCAGCUCAGAGUUCGUGGAGGGGAAGAUCGAGGAGUUCCUGGUGGGCUUUGGGGAGCGUCUGGGGGCUCUGAGCCAGGACGCCUUCCACACGCAGGUGACCUCCCUCAUCAAGCUGAAGGAGUGUGAGGACGCCCACCUGGGGGAGGAGGUGGACCGGAACUGGUUCGAGGUCAUCACGCAGCAGUACGUCUUCGACCGGCUCUACAAAGAGGUCUUCACUAAGGAGGAGCUGGUCUCCUGGUUUGAGGAGCACCGGGGAGAAGGCAGCAGGAAGCUCAGCGUGCACGUGGUGGGUUUCGGGGAGAAGGAGGAGGACCCCACGGCUCAGAGCGCCGGCGGCGGCGGUCCGGAUGAGGCGCCCUCCUCGGCCUACGGGGAGGUCAGCGCGCUGACCUUCCUGCCGGCCUCGCCGGCGUUGCAGGAGGCCACGCCCAUCACUGACAUCAGAGCGUUCACUUCCUCCUGCACCCUGCAUCCCUACCACAAAGUCCUCAGCUAGGCCCCGCCCCCUGCCGCCAUGUCGGGGGUAACCACGGCAACGUGGGGUCCGGGGAGCGGCCGUCUGUCCGGUGUUGUUUCUUGUCUUUGUAACGACGCUGCGUUCACUUCCCGUGGGAAUAUGCUGUGACGGCACCUCUCCCGGGCUCUGGUUGGCCAGAAUCUGUCAGGCAGAGCCAAUCAGACGAGCCGUGUGGGGUCAGAGGUCAACGGGCAGUGAACGCAGCCUGCUGACUCAGGGCUUUGCUGUGAAAUAAAGGCAGGUGAUGCUCACCUCAACAGGCCUGUGACUCUCUGAUGAAAACAGCAACAAUAUAUGCAA